UUACAGCAGUGUAUUGUGUUUGUGAGUCACUCGAACCCAAACCCAACCCACCCAGCUCUUACAGCACAAUAACAAAUUUGUGUCUGAGGCGCAAGGUUGUUUGGUCCCUUUGGCUGUCGCUGUCACUCCGCGACGAGCAUCUCCGCAUCAAAAUGAAUCGCCUGUUCGGAAGAGGGAAGCCAGCCGAGCCGCCCCCAAACAUUGCGGACUGCAUUGCGGGGGUUGAUAGUCGAGCAGAAUCAGUUGAUAAGAAGGUUCAACGACUGGAGCAGGAACUUGUCAAGUACAAGGAUCAAAUGAAAAAGAUGCGUGACGGCCCAGCUAAGAACGCUGUAAAGCAGAAAGCACUUCGUGUCUUGAAACAGAAGAAGAUGUAUGAAUCGCAAGCAGACAAUUUAAGAACACAAGCUUUUAACAUGGAACAAGCCAACUAUGCACAUCAAACUCUCAAGGACACUCACUCAACAGUUGUUGCAAUGAAAGCUGGGGUCAAAUCAAUGCAAAAAGAAUUCAAAAAGAUUAAUAUAGAUGAGAUUGAGGAUAUUCAAGAUGAUAUGGCAGAUAUGUUGGAAAUGUCUGAGGAGGUGCAAGAAGCAUUAGGUCGUUCAUAUGGCACACCAGAUAUUGAUGAAUCGGAGUUAGAAGCUGAAUUGGAUGCUCUUGGUGAUGAAAUUGCUCUCGAUGAUGACACAUCGUAUUUGGAUGACGCAGUAAAAGCGCCCGCUGCUCCCGACCGAGAGCCUGGUGCUGACAGUAUUGACUUGCGCAACAAGGAUGGCGUGCUGGUUGAUGAGUUUGGCUUGCCCAAGAUUCCUGCAUCCUUGAAGAGUUAAUUAGUUACUUAAUGGUUUUUCUCAGAUACUGUGCUUUAUUUUUAAAUUGUUCUAAAUCUUCUAUUUGUUGUUUUAUAUUAUCUUUUUAAAGCAAUUUGCCCACGCAUAGAAAAAAAUGUUUGGGGACCAGCAAGGAACAAGUAUUUUCUCUUUGUUAAGUCCAUUUUUAAAAAAUCUAGAAAACUUUGUUUGCUUUUUUUAAAACAUCAAAAUUACCAGUGUUAUUUUGCUUGUGUAUCAAAUAAAUAAUUUUGAUUUUGUA